AUUUUAAUAAGCCCUCCCCUGUAGGCGUGGGCCUAAAUGGGGCUAGCCUAGUUAAGCCUGAUCUUUCUGUUUGUGAAAAGAGCUGAGCAGAGCUGAAGGCUGCAUGGUGGAUUCAGAAACUGCCUACUUAAUUUCAAAAGAACAAUGGUGGGGAAGGCUAGGUCUUCCAAUUUUACCCUGUCUGAAAAGCUUGAUCUGCUAAGCCUUGUGAAGCCAUAUGUGAAAAUUCUCGAAGAGCACACUAAUAAAAAUUCAGUAAUAGUGGAAAAGAAUAGAUGUUGGGAUGUCAUAGCAGUUAACUAUAAUGCAAUUGGAGUAGACCGCCCUCCUCGAACAGCACAGGGCCUACGCAGCCUUUACAAAAGGCUCAAAGAAUAUGCCAAACAGGAGCUAUUGCAGCAAAAGGAGGCCCAAUCAGAUUUUAAAAGCAAUAUUUCCGAGCCAACCAAGAAAGUUAUGGAGAUGAUUCCCCAGAUCUCCAGCUUUUGCCUGAUAAGAGACAGGAACCACAUACAAAGUGCGAACUUGGAUGAGUCUGCCCAGGCUGGUACCAGCUCGCUGCAGGUAAUGGUGGAUCACCAGCCUGUCGCUAUUACAGUAGAGGUGAAGCAAGAAGAGGACAUUAAAGCAUCCCCUCCACUGGUUCCAAAUCCUCCACACAAUGAUACUGUAGAGCAAAGAGAAGAGCAUGAAUUAAUGCAUGCCAUGGAAGAACCCUUGUCUCCAUCACUCUCUUCUGUUGAUAUGAGAAUGACAUCAUCUCCAUCUUCUAUCCCAAGGAGAGAUGAUUUUAUCCAUCAUGAAAGUGGAGAACACAUUAGGUCUCUGCUAAGAUGUGACCCUCAGGUCCUGCAAAUGUUAAAAGAGGAACAUCAGAUCAUUUUAGAAAAUCAAAAGAAUUUUGGAUUAUAUGUUCAGGAGAAGAGGGAUGGACUGAGAAGAAGGCAGCGGCUAGAGGAGGAGCUGCUAAGAGCAAAGAUUGAAGUGGAGAAGCUGAAAGCGACUCGCUUACGGCAUGAUCUGCCCGAGUAUAGUAGUCUCUAAGAGUUUUUCAGUCUUGCAGUUUGAUAUUUUUAAUUUUGUCAGAAUUAAUUUGGGAGUAUCGUGAAGCUGAGCACAUGCCCUAUAAAAAAUAUUGCUAAUCUCUCUUAUAAAAAAGCUUUUAACAUGAUUUUCUUUUCCUUUCUAAGCCUAUUUUUUUUUUUUUAACAAAAUUUUCUAAGUAUUUAAUUUUCUCUUUAGAUACUAAAAUUUACUGAUUGGUUGACAUGGUAAUCCAGCUUGUCUUCCCUCAGUUUUUUUCUAAGACAUUUAACUGUUGGCCUUAUGUAAGAUCUUUUAUUUUGAUUAUAAAAGAAAUAAUACAAAUAGAGUUGCAUAUGGUGCAUAAGCCUGUAAUCACAGCACUUGAGAGGGAAAGGCAGUUCAGAAGAUCAAGGCCAUCCCAAUUUCAAGGUCAGCCCGUGCUAUGUGAAAUCCUGUGUCAAACAAAACAAAAUGCAUAAAAUUGUAUAAAUAGUAUUUCAAAGUACUGAAUCUUCAACAGUUUUAGUUACAACUUUGAAAGUUAGAUUUAAGAGAGAGAGAGAGGGAGAGAGAGAGAGAGAGAGAGAGAGAGAGAGAGAGAGAGAGAGAGAGAGAGAGAGAGAGAGAGAAAGAGAGAAAGAGAGAAAGUUAGUGUUGGAUAAGUACCUAAUAAAUGGUAAGCAUAUACAUUUGUCGCUGAGCUACAAUCCAUAGUCCUAUAUUUUCUUGUUUGGAGACAAGAUCUCACCCUGUAGCCCAGGCUAGCCUGGAAUACAAGUCCCUCUUGCCUCAGCUGUCUGAACACUGGGAUAAUGGGUGUGUGCUAUACUAACAGUAACAGCAAACAUGUAUUGAUGACAUUGGUUUUGUUUUUAUCUUUGGAAAGAGUGGGUUAGACUUUAGAGACAGAAGAUAUUUGGAAAACACUUCAAUUUAGAGGUAAUAAAACUGCAGUCAAGGAGGACGCCAUCAUUUAUUCCAGGUAGCGAAGCUUUUUAUAGCAGAGUAAGCAUCAGUACUUAGUUUUCUGGAGGGAGCAGGAGGUAAUGGUGGUGGUAAUUUUUAUUCCUUAUUUAUUCUAUAGAAGUAAAAAUCCCAGAGAAUUAUUUAACUAAUUAGGAGAACUUAUUUAAUUAGAAUCACCUUUCGGGUUGGAGAUGUAGCUCAAGGGGAGAGCACUUUCUGGUGAGUUUGAGGUCCCUUCUCCACGUGACAAAAAAAAACUUACUUGUAUACAUGGUUGGGUUCUGAAGCCUAGGGUGUUGUGGCACUACCCCACCCUCCCUCCUUUUUUUGUCCUGCUAAAAGGGAUCAGGUCUUUUUAUUGAAAAUAGUGCAUAUUUCACCAUGUGAUUAAAAUUAUCUUAAUUCAUUUUAAAUGUUUUUCUUGAAAAUGUUUCCUUCACAGUAAAGUUAGAAUUAAACAAAAUGAAAACUACUUAGAAUGAAAAUAACAAAAAUCUUAUUUACAUAUAAUUUAACUUGUAGAUUUUUAUAAGUGUGAUUUUUAAAUAUUGUAGUACUCAUGGAAAUAAAAUCUUGAUUUUUAUAAAUCUUACAUAUUGAAUUUAUGUUAAAUAUUUAAUAUGUGUCUUACAUACUUGAUUUCCAUUUUUUGCCGAGAUUUUGAUGAGGAAGGACUUUAAAAAGCCAGGUUUUCGGAUGGAGCAGGUAGAAUUUCAUAAAUCCUGGGGAUAGGUGCUUGAUGUCAGAGUGAGCUCUUGCAGAGACACAUGCAGAGUGGAUGGAGUGGCUCAAGGUGUCCAAGCUCAAUGAGUCAGGCAGUUUGAAGUGAGGCUCAGGAGAGUUUGGGCUUUUGGUAACUUGAAUGACCUGGGACAUAUUAUGUAGACCAGACUGGCCUCAGUCUCACAGAGAUCAUCCACUUCCAGGGUGCUGGAUUAAAGGUGUGCCUUGCUUGACUACAUUGGGGAGCUUCUGUUUAGUUCAUGUUGAAACUUUACAUGCAGGAAUACAUCAGCAAUCUGUAUUUUGUGUGAAAAUUUCCAGUUUUUAAAUGUUUGCAAGUCAUUCAGAAUACUUUUAAAACAGUUUGGUUAUGCCUUCUCCCAGACUUUCAGGCUUCCAGUUGGUGGUGUGUAGAGUAAAAAACCCAGGUGAGGAUGUGGCUGUGGCUCGGUGAUUCAGGGCUCUCCUGGUGUAGUCAAGGCUUCGGGUUCUGUCCACAGCACCGCAAACACAGUCGAGUUAUGACAACAGUGUCAGUCCUGAAUUGGAUGUCAGCGUUAUGUUAGCUCCUUAGAAGUGUAGAUCCAUCCAGUGAAUCAGAAACUGGGGUGGGGUUCAGCAGUCUGUGACUAGUGUCCUCGGGGAUUCCUAUACAGCUAAAGGUUCAGAGUUGAAUGUGGUGCUUGAAGCAUGACAGAGUCUCAGCAGUUCUCAUUGAAGAGGAAUGUGGGUGAAAUGUCAGUUGUUAGCAAAUCAGGAUUACAUGAAAUGCUGUUUUUAGGGAGUCGGAUCUAACUGAAUAUAAAGUGAGAAGCUGUUGAAGGCUUUUUGAUUAUAGAGAGGACAUGAUUAAAGAUGUGAGUUAGGAAGAAUGCUAUCAAAUGUAGUGGUUAUAGGAAUAAAUAAAGUGAACUCUUAGGGUACUAGGUUAAUUUGUUCAAUUUCUCAGUGUUCAAGGUCAUGAUAUAUUCUUAUGGCAGUUUGCCUUUUUAAUCUGUGCUAUGACUUUCAUUUGAAAUGUAAUGAAUCUUCUAAUGUGAGGUAAUAUAUUUUAUAUAAUUUUAGUAGCUGUAUCUAUAGUAGAAACCCUUUUGAAAUUAUUGAAAGUAAGUUAUGAAGUAUAAUUCUCAUUAUUUCAGCAUGCUACCACUCAGACUUGGCGAUAAACAUUGAGUCUGAGUAUUGACUUUGUAUAGAAAACCCACUUACAAGUGUCUGUAGAAAACUAACUCUGUGAAAUGUUUCUAGAAAGUAAGUCAGUGUUUAAAGAAAGUACAUCUCUUUUGAUGGUUUGGUUCUCUAUUCAGUGUGGAAAUUAAAAAAAUAUGGAUGUCUUUGAAAAUUCCUUUGCUGUACAUAAAAUAGUAUUGUAAUCACAGCUUUCUCUGGCACUGUUCAAAUUUGCUGUUUCCUAGUGUCAAGUGACAUAAUUUGUUAGCAGUUAAGGGCUAUGAAGAUUAAUAAACCCAUUUUCUUUUUGUAUUUGAAAUCCAGAAUUCCAUUCAUCAGAGUAAACUUACUGCAGUUUUUUAUGAGUCAAUAUUGUUUUAAUUGUAAAAGUUAUAAAACAUGUAAUUCUGCCCCAUUCUCUAAUUCCUUCCUUUAUGUAACUUUUUAUGAAAAUAUGAAAAGCAUGGUUUAUGAAAAUACCCAAGUAAAGCAAAAAACCAGUCAUUUGACCACAGAGCCCUUCUCAAGGCUGUUGUAGAGUAUGGCACGGGGAUGCUGAGCUAAACUCGCCAUCUCUUUCUUUGUGAUAGUGAGACUUUGAACUUGAGGACUACCUGUGACCUCUGAGCAGAUUUUGCUGAGGAUGGGUUUCACUCAGCGAGUACUGAGGAGGAAGCUGGGCCUAGGGACCUUAUACAAUGUGGGAAAUCCUGGCAACACUGAGGCCGGUUAUUUUGUUCUUGUUUUAGGUGUGAUUCUGUAGAGAUACUCCAAAUGUGGUAAAUGAUUAUCUCAUUUGAUCUUCCUCUUUUUUUAUUUUUGUUUUUCGAGCAGGGUUUUUCUGUGUAGCCUUGGGUGUCUUGGGACUCACCAUGUAGACUAGGCUGGCCUUGAACUCAGAGAUCUGCCUGCCCCUGCCUCUGAGUGCUGGGAUUGAAGGUUCCGACCACCAUACCUGGCUUUCAUUUGAUCUCUUAAUAAUUUUGAUAGUGGGUAGUUUUUGCUCCUUUCCUAACUUAUCUAUUUGAACUUAAAUGGAUAUAUUAUUAUAAAAUAUUCUAAAGUAGAUAUGACAUAUAAUGGUAUCCUAAGAAAAGGUAAGCUUUUUUUUCCUCCUUUUUUUUUUCUUUUCUUUUUUUUCUAAGACAGGGUUUCUCUGUGUAGCCCUGUCUGUCUUAGAACUUGCUCUGUAGACCACCAGGCUGGCCUCGAACUCACAGAGAUCCACCUGCCUCUGCCUCGAAAGUGCUGGGAUCAAAGGUGUGCUCUACCACUGCCCGAGUGCUUUUUUAUUUUUAAUCUCAUGAAAUAAUCAAAAUAAAUCCCCUUUUGAUAAUGAGGCGACAACUUAUAUAAUUUUAUUUUUGAGUUACUCUAUUUUGGUUUAUCUACUCACAUAAAUGUUUAAAAUAUGAAUUACAGCUGUGUGCCUCCUUUUAGUGUGAUGUCAUUUAAAUAGACAUUUAACUUUCUUAGAGUACAGUGAAUUAUGUUGACUGUAUUAUACUGCUGCUGUUGGUGGUUAAGUGAAUGCUUGUUAAUACAUGCUUUUUAAGAAUCAGGAAGUAAGUUAUACUGAUUUGUAUACUCGUUUUGGUGCCAUAAGUCAGAGUUUAGUAUAGUAGAGGUAAAAGUUUUUGAUGAAGCAAAUUUGAAGUAAAAUUAUCUAGAAGACUGUAAUAGAUACCGAUUAUACUGUAUCUAAAUAUUAUACUUUUAAAGAAUCUUAAGGUCCACAAAUUCUCAAAGUAAAAUAUUUGGUUGUAAAUACUUAAGAAGUAAAUGAAGUAUAGUACAUAGUUUAUAAAUACAGGAGUAAGUUUUUAAAUUAGGCAGUCUAAUUAACAUGAACAGAAUUGUGCUGAAUCUUUGUAUACAUUUUUGAGAUACUAUGUAUAUUUUUUGGGUCUAAACAUGUGCUUUCAUUUAGUUCUUUUAAAUAACAUAUUAAGUACCUGUGACCCCCCCCCCACCAGGAUGAUUAAUGUAUUUUUAUAGUCUUUUGAAUUGAUUAAGCUAGUAGGUAUAAUUUGAAAUUAUAUUAUUUUUUUUCAAUUGCUUUGUAAAUAAUGAAAAAUAAAUAAAUGAGUAAAUGCAAAUAAAAUAUCACUCAUCAGCUCAA